AUGGAUGAUCAUGCACUUAAUGCUGAGGCUAGUACCUCUUACUCUGAAGCUGGCACCUUCGACAAAAAUGCAGUAGACAAAAAAACAGUUGAUAAAAAUGUGGUUGCCAAAAAUGCAGUUGGUGAAAAUGCAGUUGAUGAUGAAACUGAUUCUUGUCAAAAUGAAAUUACUAAAGCUAACAAUAUAGGUAGUAAUAGUUAUAUGUUUUCUAAUGAAGGAAUAUAUGAUUUUCUUUGUUAA